AUGGCGAUUUCAUUGCUCAAGGGUACAGCCUUUGUGACAGGCGCAGCUUCUGGAAUUGGCAAAGCAACCGCCUUUGCCUUUGCCCGGUACGGCGUCCAGCGCCUCGCCAUCUCCGACCGCUCCGCUCCCGCCCUCAGGGCCACCGCUCUCGAGUUGCAAGCGCAGUUCCCCUCGGUCGAAAUCAAGCCGCUCAUCGUCGACGUGACCAACGAUGACGAGAUUGAUCGCGGGGUCGCUGACGCCGUCGCGGCAUUCGGCCGCAUCGACAUCGCCGUCAAUAAUGCCGGGGUCAGCGGCGCGGGCAAGGAGACCCACGAGGCGACUUCCAGCGACUGGCAGAACGUGGUGGACGUCAAUUUGAGCGGAGUGUGGAAGACCCAGAGGAGGAUUCUGCAGCAAAUGUUGACACAGGAGAGCCUGGGCAUGAGAGAGGGCAGAGGCACGAUUAUCAACGUCGCAUCGAUGUAUGGACUAGUUGGCCCGCCGGGAUAUAUCGCGGCCACUGCGUAUACGGCCUCGAAGCACGGUGUUCUGGGUCUUACGAAAGCUGAUGCAAUCACCUACGCGCCCGAGGGGAUCCGUAUCAAUGCCAUCUGUCCGGGAUAUGUCGAUACGCCGCUUCUCCGCGCUGACAGCCAAACCGACUACAUGAAGAAGGAAUUGUUGAAGGUGCCAAUAGGACGACUGUCGUCACAAGAAGAGACGGCAGACGCGAUUGCCUUCCUAGCCUCACCAAUGGCUAGUUACAUAGUCGGAGCGGCCUUGGUGGCAGAUGGGGGGUAUUCUAUUCAGUAA